UUAGUGUCCCUGGAGGUUCUCUGUAGGGCCACGUUCAGAAAGGCGGAGCUCUCUGCUGAGUCCAGUGUUUGCUCCCUCAACUCAGGAUGUGGUCAGCUAGAAACAAGAACAAAAACUUAAAAAAAAAAAAAAAAAAACAGGCCAGUGGUGUUCUCUUUCCCCAAGGAUUGGGAAUUGUGCUGAUCCCAGAGCCCAUGUGCAGGGGUGACAAGCUACUGCAACGCUUGAUGAUGUCAUCGUUCGGGACAUUUUGGAAGAAGGUGGUUUGAGCAAGAAGAUGAUAUCUCCGUCCGUCACAUGGCCACUUGCAACCAUGCCAUUUCUAUCGUCCUCACUCUUGCUUCUCUUAACUGUGUCAACUCCUUCCUGGUGUCAGAGCAGUGACACUACGUCUCCGAAAGCUACCAAUGGGACACCAUUCCCUUGGGAUAAAAUACGACUUCCUGAGCACAUUGUCCCAGUUCAUUACGAUCUCAUGAUCCACGCAAAUCUCACCACUCUGACUUUCGAGGGAACCACGGAAAUAGAAAUCGCAGCCAGCCGGCCUACAAGUGCCAUCAUCCUGCACAGUCACCUUCUGCAAGUAUCUAAGGCCACCCUCAGGAGGAGAGUUGGAGAGAGACUGACUGCAGAACCCUUGAGAGUCCUGGAAUACCCGCCUCACGAGCAAAUCGCACUUGUGGCUUCCGAGCCUCUGGUGUUUGGGCUCCCGUACACAGUUGUCAUUGACUACACUGGCCAUCUCUCGGGGCAUUUAAAUGGAUUUUAUAAAAGCACCUACAGAACCAAGGAAGGGGAAGUGAGAGUACUUGCAUCAACACACUUUGAACCUACUGCGGCCAGAAUGGCCUUUCCCUGCUUUGAUGAACCUGCCUUCAAAGCGAAUUUUUCAGUCAAGAUCCGAAGGGAGCCCAGACACGUCGCCAUCUCCAAUAUGCCGCUGGUUAAAUCUGUGACUGUUGCUGAAGGACUCCUAGAAGACCAUUUUGAUGUCACUGUGAAGAUGAGCACCUACCUGGUGGCCUUCAUUAUUUCAGAUUUUGAGUCCAUUAGCAAGAUGACCAAGAACGGAGUCAAGGUUUCCAUAUAUGCUGUGCCAGACAAGAUACACCAGGCAGAUUAUGCCCUGGAUGCCGCCGUGACGCUUCUAGAAUUUUAUGAGGAUUAUUUCAGCAUUCCAUAUCCCUUGCCCAAACAAGAUCUUGCUGCUAUUCCGGACUUUGAGAGUGGUGCUAUGGAAAACUGGGGACUGACCACGUACAGAGAAUCUGCUCUGUUGUUUGAUGCUGAGAAGUCUUCUGCGUCAGAUAAGCUUGACAUUACUUUGAUAGUGUCUCAUGAACUCGCCCACCAGUGGUUUGGAAACCUCGUUACCAUGGAAUGGUGGAAUGAUCUUUGGUUAAAUGAGGGCUUUGCCAAGUUUAUGGAGUUUGUGUCUGUCAGUGUGACUCAUCCUGAACUGAAAGUUGAAGAUUAUUUCUUUGGCAAGUGUUUUGAUGUGAUGGAGGUAGAUGCAUUAAAUUCUUCACACCCUGUGUCGACAGCUGUGGAGGAUCCUGCUCAGAUUCGGGAGAUGUUUGAUGAGGUUUCUUAUGAAAAGGGAGCUUGUAUUCUGAAUAUGCUAAGGGAUUAUCUUGGUGCCGAUGCAUUUAAAAGUGGCAUUGUCCAGUAUCUCCUGAAGCAUAGCUACAAAAACACAAAAAAUGAGGACCUGUGGAACAGCAUGGCAAGUAUUUGCCCUACAGGUGGCACAGAGAGGAUGGAUGGCUUUUGCUCUAGGGGCUCACGUUCAUCUUCAUCGUCACACUGGCAACAGGAAGGCCUUGAUGUAAAAACCAUGAUGAACACGUGGACGCUGCAGAAAGGCUUUCCCCUGGUAACCGUCACAGUGAGAGGGAGGAACGUACACAUGAAGCAGGAGCUCUACAGGAAGGGACCUGAUGACGCCUCAGAAACUGGGGACCUGUGGCAUGUUCCAUUGACCUUCAUUACCAGCAAAUCGGACUCAGUCCAAAGAUUUUUGCUGAAGACAAAAACAGAUGUGCUCAUCCUCCCCGAAGAGGUAGAAUGGAUCAAAUUUAAUGUUGGAAUGAAUGGCUAUUACAUUGUGCAUUAUGAGGAUGAUGGAUGGGAUUCUUUGACCGCUCUUUUAAAAGGGGCGCACACGACAAUCAGCAGCAAUGACCGGGCCAGUCUCAUUAACAAUGCAUUUCAGCUUGUCAGCAAUGGAAAACUCUCAGUUGAAAAAGCCUUGGAUUUAACCCUGUACUUGAAACAUGAAACGGAAAUUAUGCCGGUGUUCCAGGGUUUGAACGAGCUGAUCCCUAUGUAUAAGUUGAUGGAGAAAAGAGAUAUGAAUGAAGUGGAAAAUCAGUUCAAGGCCUUUCUCAUCAGGCUGCUGAGGGACCUCAUUGAUAAUCAGACGUGGACAGAUGAGGGCUCAGUGACGGAGCGAAUGCUGCGGAGCCAGCUCCUCCUCCUCGCCUGUGUGCGCAAGUAUCCGCCCUGUGUGCAGAGGGCAGAAGCCUAUUUCAGAGAGUGGAAGGAAUCCGAUGGAAAUUUGAGCCUUCCCAGCGAUGUGACCUUGGCAGUGUUUGCUGUUGGGGUCCAGAACCCGGAAGGAUGGGAUUUUCUUUAUAGAAAAUAUCAGUCUUCUUUGUCUAAUACUGAGAAAAAUAACAUUGAAGUUGCCCUCUGUGUUAGCCAAGAUGAGGAAAAGCUUCAGUGGCUACUAGAUGAAAGUUUUAAGGGAGACGUAAUAAAACUUCAAGAGUUUCCACAUAUUCUUAGAACUGUUGGCAGGAACCCGGUGGGAUAUCCAUUGGCCUGGAAGUUUCUGAGGGAAAAUUGGGAUAAACUUAUACAAAAGUUUGAACUUGGCUCAUCUUCCCUAACCUCUAUGGUAAUAGGAACAACAAAUCAGUUCUCCACAAGAGCACGGCUUGAGGAGGUGAAAGAAUUCUUCAGCUCUUUGAAGGAAAAUGGUUCUCAGCUACGUUGUGUCCAGCAAACAAUUGAAACCAUUGAGGAAAACAUACGUUGGAUGGAUAAGAAUUUUGAUAAGAUCAGAGUGUGGCUACAAAGCCAGAAGCUUGAACUGCUCUAAAAGCCUGUUCCUCGCUGGUUCCUGUGAAGUGUAAUCUGUGAUGUUGUGGAAUGCAAUUAUUUUCAAAUUAGGGAUGGCUGUUGGGGCUCCACUGCAGACACUUCCUUCUUCCUUCUUGAUCAUUUGACUAUUCCUGUGAAAAGACGAAAAGACUGCCUACUCAACUGUCCAUCGAUGGGUUACCGCUACUGUGUGUUUUAUCGAUAGGUGUCGCUCUGCAAUGUAAACCCAAGGGGUGGGGUCCCUACUGUGUAGGGCAUCCUACUCCUUUUUCACCCCUAUCCGUAAGCCUUGUGCUUUCCAAAGCCCCGCUUGCCACAUGGAUGUCACCCAUAUGCUGUUGAGUCAUUGUCCUCUAAAGACUUGUGAAUUGUAGGGACCACUGAACCCUGGGGCUGACUUGGAGGCUCAUGUCCUCAGGCUUGUGAUUUGCUCUCUUUUGGUCAGUUUCUCAGGAAGGCAGAUGGGAGCUGGGGUGGGAGAGAGUAGGUGGGGGUGUUUGUUACCCUGGUUCCCUUGAAGGAUGCCCCAGGCUGACCUCCACCGAAGCUAGACCUGGGAGGUGGUCCUCUUUCCCAUUUGGUCUUUUCCUCAUUUGGGUGAAGUGAGAGCCUGGCUUUCACUGGUCCUGGCAGUACUCGUGGGUUGCUUACGUCCUCCCCACACCUUUGUUGAGAAAACACAACUUUUAUGGAACUCUCCUCAAAUAAUCCUGAUUUGAGUAUGUGGUCUACUUCUUCAGAGACGCUGACUGAUCAAGUGUCCCUCUGAAAAAGCAGAGUAUGUUCAGGUCUAGAGGAGAAGACUUUCAUUUGAAGUUGAACCUCGAAGCUGUUGAUACUUAGGUAGGUGAUGCUUCCUCUCGCUCCUUAUUCAGCCCAGUUCGUAAUUCCCCAAUAAUUUCCUACUGCUACUAGGGCCUCGCAGAGUCUCCCGUAAAUAAUGUACUGUAAAACUGAAAGUACUUGGUCAUAAUUAGCUUAAGUGUGGACAAUGUGUUGUCUUUGAAGUCUUUAAUGAGUUUAACCGUAAAGUUUAAAAGCAUACGAUAUGAAAAAAUGUCAGUGUGCUCUAACAUAUGUGGACGAGAGUGACUUCUGGACAUAAAUGUGUUUACAGUUCUAUUUUUAUAUGUAUUACAUGGUCUAAUGAAACCAGAAAUCGCUGGUAAUUUCCACCCCCCAGGAUUAACCUUCUAAAAGACACACAGAGCCAAGAUUUUACUGUAAAAUAUUUUAAUUGUGUUUUGUACUUUGAUUUAAUGAAACAUGGAAAUAGUGGUUUUCAUUUUUGGUCAACUGAGGAACCUAUUUUAAUUUGCUUUUGGGAAAGUCCAUUUCCUAAAUAGAUACAAUAUUGCUACAACAAUGUGCAAAUACCUCUUUGGUAAUAAAAGUUGUUUUAUUUUCCUUGAA